AGUGAAGUUUGGUUUUUUACUGGAAAAAAACCAAAAAUGAUUAAAAAAACCACAGAUACCAAACACCUAUUUGAUCCAGAAACACAAAACUUUGCAGAAAUAUCCAAAAAGCCUACAUUUGUGGACCAUUCACUACUCAACGAAAUCUUCUUUGAAACAGGAAGAAAAUUGUUUGUAUCAGCUCCAAAGAUGUUUUGCAAAUCAUCAAACAUGAACAUGAUCAAGCAUUUUUUUGAGAUCGACAAAGAAGGAAAAGUAGAACCAGACUGGAAGAAGAGGCCACAGUAUGAAAUCUUCAAGGACAAGGAUAUUGUAACAAAGGAAAAAGAAGAAGAUCUGAAGAACCAUUUAGGUGCUUAUCCUGUCCUGUUUGUGGACCUCAAAGGUCCUACAAUUCGUAAAUAUGAAGAUGCAUUGGCGCAUUGUUACAGGAGAAUUAAGGAUGCUUUCAGAAGGCAUAAGGCAUAAGGCAUUUUUGCUGAAGAAUAUCCAAGAUAAAGAUGAUAGAAAUUUGUGCGAGAUGUGGUUUGAAUCCAGGACAUAUCAAGACGUUGGCGAACAAAAUGUGAAAAGUGGUCUGACAGACUUGUGUGAAUAUCUAUAUCAGGCACAUGAGGAAAAGCGCAUUUUGGUUCUCAUUGAUGAAUGUGACGCAGUUGUCGUAUCUGCACUACGUGAUGGUACUUCUGGUUGUGAGGUAGGGCAAAUCGCUCAACUUAUGUCAACAAUUUUGUGUGAGAUUACAAAGGGAGACAUUGCUCAGGCAAUAGUUCAAGGAGUGCUGCUUACAGGAGUUUCCUAAAUAAGUGGUGUAGGAUACACUCAAGAUGUCAAAGCAGUUGCAUGCAGAUUUCUAGAUGAUACCCCUGAUGCUGCAACAGGCUUUCUAAGAGAGAAUAUUAUUCCAUUUUACGGUCUUCAUGAAGAACAGCUUGAUGACAUUUUAAAGAAAAUAAGAGGGUCACUGAAACUCAUUGAUGACGAACUAGAAAGGAAAAAACAUGAAAUAAAGAUAGACUUCAACGGAUUCCACACAAAAAUAGGGCAGAAAUGCAUAUACCCUCUCUAUAUAGUUGCUAUUUAUUUGAUUAGUGGAAAGAUGUUAGAAGUAGAAGCUUCUCCUCUGCUUAGUACGUACAAAAAGGUACCAGCUGAUAUUGACAUUGCCUCGGAUAUUCUAAAGAUAUUGGGGUCUGGCAACAUAAAUAUCGACUCUGUUGAUGGGAAAAUAAAUAUAAAAGAACUUAUAGAAAUGCGGGAUAAUUCAAGUAUGUCAAGCAAAGAUGUUUUUUUCAUUUUGCUUUUGGAAAUAGGCUUCCUGACGUAUGCAGAAAGUCCUGAAUGUAAUGAUUUUAGGUGGAAACUCAGAAUUCCCAAUCAAACUACAAGCAAGUGUUUUCUAAAGAUGCUGAAGACAGCUAAUGUUAUGGUUGGCAAGUUUAAUAAUGCACUUCAGGAAGCUUGUGCAAGACAUAUCAGUAAUCUUCAAAGAUAUUUUCUACGGAGAGAUAUAGUCAACUUUAGAAAAACAUUGAUCUUGUUAUAUAAUGAUCUCAAAUCCCUUUUCAAAGGGUUUGAGAACCAAUAUCCGACAGAAUAUAGCGAAAAUUCUUUACAAGGCCUAAUGUUUAUGGUCCUCAGUAGAACAUGUGAUAUGAAGGGAUUUUCUAAUAUUUCUUCUGAGCUAUGGAUCAAAGAUAAUAAAGGUCGAAACGGAAUAAUCGAUAUCUGGAUGUUUGAUAAAGAUAGGCAAUUUGCCAUAAUGUGGGAACUUAAAUACAAUGCAGCACCACGAGACAAAAAGAAAACUUCUAUUUAUGCCUUAAAAGAAUUAAGAGGUCAAGAAAAGAAAGCAGGUAGAAAUGAUGUGGUAUGCUACAUAGACAAAUUCCAACAAUGCAAAGUAACCGAGUAUUUUAUGGUGGGUCUUGCCAUGGAUGAAGCAUAUCAACCAUCAAUUUCUAUAGCAACCAGCAAAGUCGAAGAAGCUGACGCAGAAUCCUUCAUCUGCAUUUCAGAAACUGAGACAAAAAAUUAUAAGGAGUCAUAUCAUCAUGAUAAAUGUAUUGAUUUGUUACGUACGAGCUAACUAGAGUUUGCUUUUAAUGUUAUUCUACCAAUCAUAUUGGCUUCUAAGAUUCUAAGUAUAUUUUAUGAUUUUUGACAGUU